UGGCGAGUGGCCGGGGGUGUUUGUCAUAGAUCAAGCUAAGUAUUUGAAUAAAAUAGAAUAUCCUUGUGAUGCGUGAUUACAUGUUUAUUAUCUACAUGAAAGAGUAUACUAUGAAAUCAUGAUUCAUAUCAUAGAUAUAUUACAGUAUUUUAUACAUAUCUUAUAAUUACAAAUUAUGAGAAAAUUAAUCUUCCAUGCCCGGAUUAUAUCUCCCAAAUGGAUCAGUUUCUUUUCAAGAGCUGUAACCAUUAACGUUAAGGUGAUAAUAUCGAAAACAUGGUGCGCAUCGGUUUACAAAUCAAAGCAAACUUGGAGAACGUGACCAAUCUUGGUCCCGAUGGUGAUGAUUUCCGCUGGUACUUGAAGAUAAAAUGUAGCAACUGCAAUGAAGUAACAGAAACCUGGCAAUAUGUAACCCUCACAGAAAGUAUACCACUCAAAGGAGGCAGAGGUCAGGCCAGUAUGGUGUCAAAAUGCAAACUUUGUAGCAGGGAAAAUUCAAUAGAUAUUCUAAAAGAUUUCAUCAAGCCAUAUCAGAUGGAGAAGAAUAAUCAGUUUCAGACAGUGGCAGCAUUUGACUGCAGAGGAAUGGAACCAGUCGACUAUUCAUUCAGGGCUGGAUUUCAGGCAGAUGCUGUAGAUACUUCAUCCAAGUUUUCAGACAUUGACUUGCAAUCAGAGGAAUGGGCAGAUUAUGAUGAAAAGAAUCAGGAGGCUGUCGGGAUUUAUGAAUUGGAGAGCAAGUUUAUCAAAGUAUGACGGUUAUUGCACCAUCUUCUUCAUACUGAAUGAAACGGAACAGGAUUGAAUCAUGCAUGGCUCCCAGUGCUCAUGUUUACUGACAUUAGAGAAUCAUGGAGAGAAAAAAACAAUGA